AUGCAGCGCGAGGAGCUUUGGGCAGCGGUGCAAGGCUCGCUUGGACGCGAAGCUGCAGCAUUUGCGCCCCUACAGCGGGUUUGGGAAGCAGUGGAGCCGCUGGAUAAGCGUUUUUGAACAACGAGGGAACACAUUGUAGCAAUUCUUUUCACUAUUAUUCCUCAUACUGUGUUUCAGCAUGGGUAAUGGCAUCAACAAGGUCCUGCCUGACUUGUAUCUGGGAAAUUUCAAAGAUGCAAGAGACCGAGAACAGUUAGCUAGAAACAACAUCACACACAUCCUGUCCAUUCAUGACAGUGCGGCUCCAAUUCUCCAGGAGAUGACCUAUCUGUGCAUUUCAGCAGCUGACCUGCCCACACAAAACCUGACCCAGCACUUUAAACAAAGUAUAAUGUUCAUGCAUGAGUCCCGCCUGAAGGGAGAAGGCUGCCUUGUUCACUGUUUGGCCGGUGUGUCCCGCAGUGUUACCCUGGUGGUAGCUUACAUCAUGACAGUGACAGGACUUGGAUGGCAGGAGGCACUGGCUGCAGUCAGGGUGGCUCGGCCCUGUGCUGGCCCCAACCUGGGCUUUCAGCGGCAGCUCCAGGAGUUUGAGGCUAAUCAAGCAGAUCAGUUCAGAGAGUGGCUACAGAAAGAAUAUAAGGAUAACCCCUUCAAUGAUGAGGCUCAUAUACGGGACUUGCUUUCAAAAGCAUCUAAAGUCAAUGGUAAAGAUGCAGAAAAACAGCUGUCAACCCCAACUGGAGAUAAGUGAGGAGAAGUUUUGAUCAAACACUUUGCAUCUAAGCCUGGAUGUCGCCCCUCCAUGUGAUUCUACAGUAUACUGGACCUCUGUGGAAGUCUACUGUGCAUUGGAGUGGAUUUCUGGCAGGAUGUGUAUCACUGCUGACAUGAUCGUCUGCAUAUCAUACACAAGGACACUGGAAGAGACCAUUAAUGUGUACACUACAUGUUACUUUUUUAAAGCAUUGAUGUUUCUUCUGUUUUGUUUUUCUAAAUUAUGAAUGUUUUUAGCUGUGUUUUUUGUACUUUUGUCUUGAAGAUUUCAAAUUGUGAAAUAAAAGGAAGAAAUUUGAA